GUUCUACCCAUUUUACAUCUUCUCUCCUUUUUCACUUCUGUCCAUCUUUCUUCACUGUUCUCUUCUCUCUUUACAUUUGCUUUCUUCCUCCUUCUCACCUCCCUACGCAAUAAUCUUUCGCUCGUCCAUUUUAUCUUUGCAGCCUCGCAGCAUUUUUACAAACGUCUUCGUUCAACGCGUGGCAGCCGCGUCCCCUUCCUUCCUCUCAUUCUUCCAAAUCUUCUCAGUUCUUUAGGGUAUUGUUUGACCAGUAUGGGUCAUGACGGGAAUUUUUCUGGUUCCAAUGGGACCGACGACGGGGAUUCACAGUCGCAGCCAAGGCAGCAAAGUCACGCCAAUAGCCAACCCUUGGGUGGCAAAUCCUUGGAGGCCCGUGCGUAUCGGUCAACACCAUCCGUCUCCUCUGCCAUCUCUGGAAGCGCUGUUAUACCUGAGGAUACCUUUGGAACUAUAAAAAAGCAUGUUCAAUCGCUCUUUCCCCCGAGUGAUCUCCGCCCCAAGGCAUCUGACGGUACCUCCAUUGCUGGAGACGACAGCAACUCAUCUCGCCCGUCUCGGCGCCCUCUGGCCGACAUCUCCGCGACAGCCAAUAGAACGCCUACAUCCGCCGGUAUCGCUAGCGAAUUUUCAACCCCUGCCGAGCUAAGCUUCGGUCCUCAAAGCUUACCAUUUAUGCUCAGGAAGAGAGAGUUGGUAAACGAAGGCACUCCAUCCAAACCGACAUCCACAGCGACAGUCACCAAUCUAUCCAAGGAUCCUAAUGGACCUUCAACUGGCACACAGUUUUCUGGCCGGCAACAACUGAUUUUGGAUCAUCACAAUGAAUCACAUGAGACGCAUAAAUCAUCUGUCAAUCACGACACAAACUUACACCAGUCUUCCGUUGACCACAGUAAUAAACCACUUUUCGAGAAGAAGCUCACGUCGUGGCGGCGAGAUCAGAUCAAGAAGGCUAAACAACCAGAACUCAUUCUCGCAUCGACUCCUAAACCCAUCCCGACUUUCUAUGGGCCGCUUUCCUUACCAUAUGCGAGAAACCCAAGCGGUGUCGACGCUACAGUUGCCGAUGACUCGGCAUACAUUUCUCCUGUUUUUGGUCUUCGCCCCGCCUCAGGCGGGGUGUCAAGUAUGAUAGGAACUGAGUCGGUCCGCUCAAUCUCAUCGGCAACGCAAUCGUCAGGUGUUCAAUCUUUUCGAUCAGCAUCCGGAUCAAGUGUGCUAUACAGCACUGGCAAAAAGAAUCUAGGCACGAAAUUGGCCAGUGAGGACAGCAUCAGCAUUGGUGAGACAUAUAAGGCGAUGCCUCUAGUAUUGAGGGACACGUAUCAGAAUAAUGGUAUCAAGGCAGACAAUUCAAUUUUGGCUCUAGGUUCAAAGGUGGCACACGACUCAAUUCCUCGCAAGUUUGACCCAACGUCUCCAAAUUCCUCCUCAGAGACGGCCGAAACUACACAGGAGGCCACCGAUACUUACAGUAGAAGUGCCAUUUUUCCUAAUCCUCAGGGUAAAAAGCGGGUCGUUUCUGACACUGAGCUUCUUGAACGUAAGCUUGGAACUUCAGUCAUCGGCCCCUCAAAAUCCCAUGCCAAUCUUCGCCAGUUAAUCUCCUUAUCGCCUAUUCCUGGGUCGCCGGCAGACUAUCAACGCAAGUCAGACAUCACAGCUAUUCGCAAUGCCUGUAAGGCCCGUGUCAGAUCGACUUCUAUGUCACGUGUUAAACCCACUCCUACGCAAUCUGAAGAGGAGGACUACACCUCUUCCUACGCAACCCCUAUCCGAAUUCCUGCCUUCCUCCCCGUCUUUUUCAACCCGUCCUCGAUGACCUGCGAAAUAAACGUUUCUCCAGAUAGAGCAAUUGCUCAAACACCAGUCCCUGGUCACCAGACAAUAUAUGUGAAGUCUGGCUCUUCCCUACCCAGUAAGGCAGAUGUCAGUCAUAACUGGCGUCACAAGCCUCGAUCGCAAGUUUUUAGGUCAAAACAGGCACUUCAACCCUCGAGGGCUCUAGCUCAAACCCCAUCUGCUCGUCCCUUGCACACCGAUGCUGCUCGUCAUGCGGGGCAAAUAAUGACAAUUGACAAACUGUUCGAGAAAUUUUCACCCCAGGUGGAGGAAACGCAAGCAUUGUUCAAGUCCCCCGUGAUGGGAGAAUUAUCGUCCUCAGACUCAACAUCUCUCGCGGGGCCGAAUCUUUCCCCGGUGCCCAGCAAGGUUAUCCAGGAUCCUGACGGCGAAAUCUACGUUGACAAGGUCAACUCGGGGGCAUCUGACGCCUUCAAGACCGCAAAUACGCCGUUAAAACCUCACUCAGAUGAUGUCUACGUUGCGCCACCAGCCCCUUACCUGUCAAAAGCCACUCCCGGUGCUGGUCGACUGCUUAACAAUGCCAGACAGAGUGGAAGGAAGUAGUGCGUAACUUAUUAGUACCAACAUAGGUUGGUAUUAGCCCAUUUUCAGUUUCAUUUCUGCGCAUUAUACAAGGACAAAAUUAACAAUUCUCGCCCCGAAGUUCAAGCCUUAGAUUAAUUAGCUUUGUUCGUAGCACGAGAUACCUCUUCCACGCUUUUACUUUAAUAUCAAGUUUCCAUGAUCGGUAAUGAUUAGUUGACACAAACAGCCCCUACAGUUUUAUCGGUAGAGGCAAGCACAGCAACAUAUAUGGAUCAUGCAGUUGAUUAUACAAUAUUGUUCAUAUGCAGAUGUAUUUUCUAUAGGC